AUGGAGAAUGAGGUUGUUUUUGCGGGCGAGCCCGCCCUGAACGUACAGCAGCAGACCACAGAAACUCACCCGCAGUCGACGAGCUCGAAAUAUAAAACACUACAAAUCCACGCGCAACCUUUGCUGGCCGAAGAUGCUGACGGCCGACGAGAGCAAGAAGCGCAGAUGGGAAAUGAAGGCGGAAGGUCGCGAUGGCGACAGCCCAACAUUUGGUGGCUACUGCCGUUCGGCUUGCUCUUUACCUUGGGGUUUGGUGGUCUUGCGGUUCCCAGAAUCAACCUGAUCAUGUCCUUGAUCUGCCGCGACUAUUUUGCUGAACGAACGACGCUCGAUCCCACUUUUACCUAUCUCCCAGUAGUCUUCGGGGGAGACAAUCUCCAGUGUCGGCUACCUGAAAUUCAAUCACUCGUUGCAAAAUUCCAGCUCUACAUCAACCUUAUCACUGGUAUUCUCUCAGCACUCGUGAGUCCACGCCUCGGCCACCUCUCCGACCGAUAUGGACGAACCACCAUGAUUGCGCUGUGCACCAUGGGGGCCGUUUGCAAUGAGGUGAUUGCAACCAUCGUCGCGACGUGGCCGGAGAAAAUGCCGGUCAAUGUUCUCCUAAUCGGGGCAGUAAUGGACGGAUUGGGUGGCUCCUUUACUACGGCGCAGGCUUUGAUUAACUCUUAUGCCUCGGACUGCACCCCACCUGAUCGACGCAGCGUAACUUUUGGGAUGUUCCAAGGAGCCUUAUUCCUUGGUAUCGCCGCUGGUCCAUCGGGCGCAGCCUAUUUGAUUCGGAAGACAGGGGACGUGUUGAUUGUCUUCUAUGUCGGGGUGAUCUUUCACUCGAUCUUCUGCUUAUCAGUUUAUUUUAUUGUUCCGGAAUCACUUUCCAAGAAGCGGCAAGACGAAGCUCGUGAGCGGCAUCGCAUAAAGAUUGCAGAUGCGUCAAGCAGUCGAUUCUCUCUGCAAACCCUGAAUCCGAUGAAUCUCAUCACCCCUCUCAAUAUUCUUAUUCCUGCCGUUGGACGACCAAGCGUACUGUUUCCGAAUCGCCGUGGUGCCAGCAGAGUUCUGCGUCGAAACAUUGUUCUUCUUGCUGCAAUGGACACUGCUGUCUUUGGCGUCGCAAUGGGCACCAUUCAAAUCAUCAUUAUUUAUGCAGAGUACAUGUUCAAUUGGGGAAACGUGGAGUCAAGUAUCUUUGUUUCCAUCGUGAGCGCCGUGCGUGUGGUUAAUCUGUUCGUGUUUCUUCCCGUCAUCGCCCGAUUCUUCCGUACGCCGUCAGAAGAUGACGGCGUCAUCCGCGGCUCUGAUAUGCUCGACAUUGUGAUCAUUCGUUUGUCAGUCGUCUUCGAUAUUCUCGGAUACAUCGGUUAUGCGCUGUCGAAGCAUCCCUCGGUCAUGGUCCUUUCGGGGGCAGUAGCUUCACUUGGUGGAAUGGGCUCGCCAACCUUACAGUCGUCGCUCACAAAGCAUGUGCCCCACGAGCGAGUCGGGCAGAUGCUUGGUGCUAUAGGCCUUUUGCAUGCCCUGGCUAGAGUCGUCGCACCGACCGUCUUUAAUCUGAUCUACAGUGCGACCGUUGCAACCUAUCCACAAACGGUCUUUGUGACGCUCGCAGCUGUUUUUGGCGUGGCAUUCUUUAUGAGCUUGCUUAUUCGACCACAUGUCACUCUUGAAGACGAGUCAUUAUCUGAAACUACAGUUGAAGCAAAUGAGGCAGGAGCGACUGAAGAGGAUCGCCUUCUGAGGUGA